GGCAGAGAGGGUGCAGGGAGGAGUCCCAGCAGGGAUAAAGGUGCUCCUCACCUGCUGCAGCCUCAGGCAGCGCUGCCCAGAGCGAGAGGAAGAUGAAGGUGGCUGUGCUCAGCGUGGCCCUGCUCUUCUCCAUCCUGCUGUGCCCCCCGGCACAGGCCAAGGGUCUCCGGAUGCCUUUGGAUCGCUGCCCUCCACCUAAGAUGCCUGGACCCCCCCGUGGGCCGCUGCCAAAUCAAGGAAGCUGGAGUGAGAGAGGGGCUGGACCUGUGCCACAGCUCAAACAGAUCUCCUUGGAGGCCCUGAAUUCCCAUCCCUCUGCCUGUGCCCUGCUCCCUGGAGCUGUGUCCCCCCACAGCCCCAGAAGGUCCAGUCCAGACCCAGCCUUUGUUCUCCUUUCCAGGCACUCCUGGAAGGAGCCCAAGAUGAUCUCCGAGAGCCCCCUGCGGCUAAAGAGCUGCGUGCUCUUCUGCGGCAGAAGCGCCUGGCUGCCUCUCUGGAUGCCUAGGUUGGAAGGACCAGUGUCCUUUUUCCUCUCCAGUGGCAUGAGGAGAUGAUCAUCCCUGGAGGAACCCUCUGAUCCCUUUGAGCCCUGGGCAAUUUCCCCUAAAUAAUCAGUAUUCAAUAAUCAAUAAACUCUUUGAGCAAAGCUUU